GCAACCAGAAGUUAAUCUGGGGCAGUAUGGGGAAGGCACGCAGAUUGGCCAAGUCAGCUACGGGUGCUCAGAAGGUGCUCACAGUGAAUGACACAGCCGGGGAAGAUUACUAUGGCAACAAGGAUAACGUCCUCCUGGACGUACAGGCUUCUAAGAAAGUUAGUGUUGGUUCUGCUGAACCGCACGUUGCCAGAUUAACCGCUAGACAGCGGAAGAAGCUGGUGAAGGUUGUGGAGAAGAAGAAGAAGAAGAAAGAGCGCGCCGGUCUGAUACAGUCUCUGGCUGACAGUCAAUUGUCUGCGGACCAGAUGGUGCUGUUCCAGAGAUCGGCGCAAAUGGGCCGAAAUAAGGAAACGAAGCGUGAGUUGGCCAAACGAACGGAAUUGGAGGCUCAGAACCUGCCUGUGAUGGUUGGGGUGCAGAAGAAUGUGAUCGAAGUUAUCAAUACAGACACCACUGACAAGAAAUCCAAGAAACGGAAGCGAGCGUCUGCGGUGACUGGCAAUGGAGAGAAAACGGAAGAAGCCAUGGAGAAGCAGAGGAGAAAAAAGGCCCGACGAAAGGCUGCCAAAGAAGAAGCAAAGGCCCAAAAGGCAAAGGAGGACCAGGAAAUGGGUAGGGCUGCACCUGUAAUGUCUUUCCUGGCCUUUGCCGAGGCAGAACAAGCGAAGCGUGACAGUGACGAAUCCGACUCUGACACCGAUUCUGAUAGCGGUACCGAAAGCGGGACGGGGUCUGAGUCUGAGACAGGCGAUGAGAGUGAAGAGGAAGGCUCAAAGGCGGCCGAACAAGACGACAACGCUGAAGCGGAAGAUACGACAGUGUCGACACUCGGACCCAUUGCGUACAAGGAGAGCCAUCUGACACUGACACGUGUCAAAAGGGAUGCCAAUGAAGUCGUUGACGCGGCUACGUUCGUGAGCUUGAACCGCGAUCCCGAAAUCCAAGCGCAACGGCUGCAGCUGCCGAUUCUGGGCGAGGAACAACGCGUGAUGGAAACCAUCAGAGAAACGCCUAUUGUUAUACUCUGCGGAGAGACGGGAAGUGGCAAGACCACGCAGGUACCACAAUUUCUGUACGAAGCCGGUUUCGGCAGUGGAAAAGGCGACUAUCCUGGACUAAUUGGCGUCACUGAACCCCGUCGUGUCGCCGCCAUAAGCAUGAGUGAGCGUGUAGGUAAGGAAAUGGGCCAACCGUCCCUGUCCGGAUUCCAGGUCCGAUACAGUGGCGACUGUACCGAGGCUACGAAGCUCAAGUUCAUGACCGAUGGUGUGCUGUUGAAGGAGAUUGAACGCGACUUCCUGAUCAACAAGUACUCAGCCAUCAUCAUCGACGAGGCGCACGAACGCACUCUGAACACAGACAUUCUAAUCGGACUACUGUCCCGUAUAGUCCCACUACGGAACAAACUGGCUCAGGAGGCCAACGAGGCGGUGUAUCCUAUCCGCCUGGUGAUCAUGUCAGCCACACUGCGAGUAGAGGACUUUACCAUGAACACUCGCAUCUUCCCGACCCCCCCACCCGUAGUGGAGAUCGCCUCGCGCCAGUUUCCGGUCACCAUACAUUUCAACCGCAAGACACCUCACGAGAAUUACAUCCAAGAGGCCCUUAAAAAGACCUCCAAAAUCCAUGAAAAACUGCCACCAGGCGGGAUACUCGUAUUCGUCACGAGUCAGGCGGAGGUGACCCAGAUGGUCACUAAACUGAAGAAGAAGUACAGCCGCACCAAACAGACAGCCCCAGCCACGAGCACGCCGGGUGGACAGAAUGCCACAGAUACGAAAGGUGGUGCUGAAACGGUGGAGAUGGAGAUGGAUGGGGGGACGAGCGCAGAGUCGGGCAAGAAGGCUACAAAGGCCACCGAUACAAGCGGUGAACUUUCCGGCGAGAGCGGUUCGGAGGACGAGGAUGAUCCAAAUAUGGCAAUUGGCGCGAUUUCGGCGGGACCUUUGCACGUGCUGCCGCUCUACGCCAUGCUGCCCCAGGCACAACAGAUGAGAGUGUUUGAACAACCGCCCGAGGGUGCCAGGCUGUGUGUAAUUGCAACUAACGUGGCGGAGACAUCCUUGACGAUCCCUAAUAUCAAAUACGUCGUUGACACCGGCAAAGUAAAGACCAAACGUCACGAAACAGCCGCAGCCAUCUCGAAGUUUGAGAUCGAAUGGACUUCUCAAGCAGCCGCCAAUCAGCGAGCGGGACGUGCCGGCCGAACUGGACCAGGCCACACGUACCGUAUAUUCUCAUCUGCAGUUUACAACAACUACUUCGAGAAGUUCUCGGAUCCGGAGGUGCUACGUUUGCCAAUAGAAGGCGUUCUGCUGCAAAUGAAGGCCAUGGGCAUAGACAAUGUCAUCAACUUCCCCUUCCCGACCCCACCCGACCACGAAGGUCUCAUGGCUGCGGAGAGACUGCUCACGCGCCUCAACUGUCUGGACGAUAAGGGCAAAAUCACAGCGAUCGGGCGAAAGGUAUCGAACUUCCCACUUGCUCCACGGUUUUCCCGCAUGUUGGUCACAGCCCUGGACUUGGGUGGACAAUGCGUGCCGUAUGUCAUCGCCAUCUGCGCGGCACUGACAGUAGGUAAUGUGUUCUACGCAAGUAUGAUUGAGAACAGCGACGAUGAGGAAGAGAACACGGACGAGCCACAAAGGCCCAGGCGUAGAGACAGUGAUGACGAGGGACCUAGCAAGAAACAACAGGCACUGCUAGACGAGCAGAGUAUACUGCGCAACGAGGCGGAGAAAAGCAAGAGCGCCAAUAGAGCCAAAACGCGCAAAAUCAAACAGCGGUGGAUUGGAUCGAACCCAAAAAGUGAUCUGCUGACUAUCCUGAAAGCCGUGGGUGCCUACGAACACACUUAUGAAACUGCCUACGCGUCAGUGCACAAUGACCAAACUCAAACCGAGGGCAAGAGGCGGAAGAAACAGAAACAAAGCGACAGAGUUCUGGGUGAUAAGGUUAUCGCAGGGUCCACGCUUGCCUUCUGCGAGUCUAAUCUGCUGAACUACAAGAGUAUGGAAGAGAUCCGCAAACUACGGCAGCAACUAAGCAAGCUCGUCAGAGAGCACGUGCAGCAAAACGCCGGCGGUCACUCGAAGGUGAAGAAGAGAUCCAAGGUGGACUACGGUGCCCCCCUGCGGCCUCCAACGGGAGAGCUACAGAAGCAGCUGUGGCAGGCUAUACUGUCGGCAUAUGGCGACCACGUGGCAAAGCGCGUAGUCCCCUCAUCACGUACAACAAGCGGUACUGAUGAAGGAGCUACAGAAGGAGCUACAGAAGGAGCUGCGGCAGGCAGUGCUUCUAGCUUCUGGCGCCCAUGUGGCGAAACUUGUUGUCUCUUCAUCGCAUACCUCGAGCUGCACUGA